CUUGAGGCAAACCCUAACAGAGAAGAGGAGGUUUAGGGUUUCACUCAUUCUUUUCUUUCUUCCUCUGUUACCGUCAGAUCUACUCGGUCGAGAGCGACUCUAACAGCAGCCAUGGCGACCGCAACGAAGGGGCUGUCACAGAAGGAGGCUGACAUCCAGAUGAUGUUGGCCGCGGACGUCCAUCUCGGGACCAAGAACUGCGAUUUCCAGAUGGAACGUUAUGUCUUCAAGAGGCGAACUGACGGUAUAUUCAUUAUUAACCUUGGCAAAACAUGGGAGAAGUUGCAACUUGCAGCUAGGGUUAUUGUUGCAAUAGAAAAUCCCCAAGAUAUUAUUGUUCAAUCUGCAAGACCUUAUGGUCAGAGGGCAGUAUUGAAGUUUGCACAAUACACUGGUGCUCACCCUAUAGCUGGUAGGCACACCCCGGGAACGUUCACCAACCAGCUGCAGACCUCAUUUAGUGAGCCUCGUCUUCUGAUCCUCACAGAUCCUAGAACUGAUCAUCAGCCUAUCAAGGAAGCUGCUCUUAGUAACAUUCCAACCAUUGCUUUCUGUGACACUGAUUCACCUAUGCGGUAUGUUGAUAUUGGGAUUCCAGCAAAUAACAAGGGAAAGCACAGCAUUGGAUGCCUAUUUUGGUUAUUGGCAAGGAUGGUUCUUCAAAUGCGUGGCACUAUUCUUCCUGGGCAGAAAUGGGAUGUCAUGGUGGAUUUAUUUUUCUACAGAGAACCUGAGGAAGCAAAGGAACAUGAAGAAGAUGAGGCGGUUGUUGCCCCUGAUUAUGGAGUACAAGAAUUUUCGUCAGCCACACUUGGUCUUCCAGCUGAUCAAUGGCCUGCUCAAAUAGCUGAUGCUCAGUGGGCUCCAGAAAUUGCUGCACCCGCCCUUCCUGUUGCUACUGUUGAUUGGACCUCAGCGCCAGCAGCAGUUCCAUUGUCUGGUGGUGAUGGAUGGGAUGCAGCAGCUGCACCACCAAUGACUGAUAUUCCAGCUCCCGCUACAGGCUGGGAAUGAUAGRGCUACUCUCGUUUGAAACAUUUCUUUUUUUAGCAUCAUUUCAAAUCCCUUUCCGUAAGUUAAAACUUUUUUAAAGUACUAUCAUUCUCCAUGGGGAAUGAACGGACAAGAGUUUUGAGAGAGUGUAGUUUGAGACUCUUAGGGGUUUUUUUUUUGGAGAUUUUACUUGUAAGGCGAAUCUGUUAUUGUUUUUCCCUUGCAUAUAUGAUGUCAUGGAUUCUAGGAGAUCUUACAUUCUUAGUUUAAUAUCUGCAAUUUCUUAAAAUGGUAAAUUUUCUUUGGAUUGUUUGGACCCUUGA